UGUGAAGUGAAUAAAAAUCAGUGGAGAAUGAUUCUUUACUUGCGAGACUAUUAUGACCUUUUGGAGCUCUCUUUCUUUUCUUUUCUUUUAUUUUCUUUUCUUUUUUGUAAUUUUAUUCAUGUCUUGAUGAGACCUAUAUGUAUAUAUACAUGUGUAUAUAUGGACACAAACUGUUCAAAGCUUAAUCCCUAGAUGGGUUUCACAGGUGUUUGAUUUUUUGACACAAUGGUAAUCUGAGCUGAGGCCUCAAAAGGGUUAAUUGCUGGUUUGCAUAGAAAUGGAGUCUAGUCUGUUCAUUCGAAGAGCAUUGAUUUUGUUGAUGUUCUGUAUGUGGGUUCCAAUGGAAGUCAUGGGUGCGACUGGUAAUGCUACUGUUUCGUCUUUGAGGCCGAGUGUUUUGAAUAUCGGAGCAUUGUUUACAUUGAAUUCAGUUAUCGGACGAUCAGCGAUGCCAGCAAUUACAGCUGCUGUUGAUGAUGUCAAUUCCGAUUCUACUGUGCUUUCUGGGACGAGGUUGAAUCUUAUUUUGCACGAUACGAAUUGCAGUGGGUUCCUUGGAACCAUAGAAGCUUUGGAGCUGAUGGAGAAAGAUGUUGUCGGUGUAAUUGGUCCACAAUCCUCUGGAAUAGCACACGUUAUCUCCCAUGUUGUGAAUGAACUUCAUGUACCAAUGCUGUCAUUCGCUGCAACAGAUCCUACACUUUUGGCUCUACAAUUCCCAUACUUCCUCCGCACUACACAGAAUGACUAUUUCCAGAUGUAUGCUAUAGCUGAUUUGGUUGAAUUUUAUGGUUGGAGGGAGGUAAUUGCUAUCUUUGUUGAUGACGAUUAUGGAAGAAAUGGGAUUUCCAUAUUAGGCGAUGCCCUUGCAAAGAAACGUGCCAAGAUUUCUUACAAGGCUGCAUUUACUCCUGGAGCUGCUAAAACUGACAUCGAUGACUUGUUAGUUGCAGUAAACUUGAUGGAAUCUCGGGUUUAUGUUGUUCAUGUAAAUCCUGACACAGGUCUGAAUGUUUUUUCCGUGGCGAAGACUCUCGGGAUGAUGACUGCUGGCUAUGUUUGGAUCGCUACAGAUUGGCUUCCUUCGGUGUUAGAUUCGUCAGAACUAGUUGAUUCGCACAUAAUGGAUCCCUUACAAGGGGUUAUUGCGCUUCGCCAUCACACCCCUGAGUCCGAUGUCAAGAACAACUUUACAUCUAGGUGGAAAUACUUGAAAAACAAGGAGAGAACAAGCUUCAAUUCUUAUGCACUCUAUGCUUAUGAUUCUGUUUGGCUGCUUGCACGUGCACUUGAUGUUUUCUUCAGUGAAGGUGGAAAUAUUUCCUUCUCCAAUGACCCUAGGUUGCACGACAGUAAUGGAAGCAUGCUACAAUUCGCGUCGUUACGCACUUUUGAUGAAGGCCCGAAAUUGCUCCAAAUACUUCUCACAAUGAACUUCACAGGUCUAUCUGGUCAGAUUCAAUUUGAUCCAGAGAAGAAUUUAAUUCAUCCAGCAUUUGAUAUUCUUAACAUUGCUGGGACUGGGUCUCGCAGGAUAGGUUACUGGUCAAACUAUUCAGGCCUUUCUGUGGUUGCUCCGGAAACAUUAUAUACGAAGCCCCCAAACACUUCUACUGGUAAUCAACAUCUUAACAUUGUAAUAUGGCCCGGUGAAACUCCAAAACAACCUCGGGGUUGGGUGUUCCCUAACAAUGGGAAGCCUUUGCAAAUAGUAGUGCCUAACCGAGUAAGUUAUAAACAAUUUGUUGCUAAAGAAAAGGGCCCUCUAGGGGUGAAAGGAUACUGCAUUGACGUCUUUGAAGCUGCUGUGAACUUGUUGCCUUAUGCUGUACCCCACGCAUAUAUAGUAUACGGUGAUGGUGUGAGAGAACCUUCCUACAACAAUCUUGUGUAUGACGUUUCCCAAAAUAAAUACGAUGCAGCUGUGGGGGACGUAACGAUUAUUACAAACAGGACAAAGAUUGUAGAUUUUACGCAGCCAUUCAUGGAAUCCGGACUUGUCAUACUUGUUCCGGUCAAACAGACAAAAUCUAGUGCUUGGGCUUUCCUCAGGCCUUUUACUGUGGAAAUGUGGUGUGUCACUGGUGCCUUUUUCCUUUUUGUGGGAGCUGUUGUUUGGAUUCUAGAGCAUCGGUUGAAUCAUGAAUUUCGUGGUCCACCAAGCCAGCAGAUUAUGACAGUCUUCUGGUUCAGUUUCUCAACAAUGUUUUUCUCACACAGAGAGAACACUGUGAGCACCUUGGGACGUUUAGUGCUGAUACUAUGGCUCUUUGUAGUGUUAAUUAUCAAUUCAAGCUACACUGCAAGUUUGACGUCAAUCCUUACAGUGCAACAGCUCACAUCACAGAUUGAAGGGAUUGACAGUUUGAUCUCGAGUACCGAUCCAAUUGGAGUUCAGGAUGGAUCAUUUGCAUACAAUUAUCUGAUUGAAGAGCUCAACAUAGCGGAGUCUAGACUCAGAUCGUUAAAAGGCCAGGAAGAAUAUACAACUGCCCUUCGCCAAGGUCCGAAAAAUGGUGGAGUAGCUGCAAUUGUUGACGAGCUUCCAUAUGUUGAGCUCUUCUUGUAUAACACCCAAUGCGAAUUUAGAAUUGUGGGACAAGAAUUUACUAAAAGCGGAUGGGGAUUUGCAUUUCAGAGGGACUCGCCUCUUGCAGUUGACAUGUCGACUGCCAUUCUACAACUGUCAGAGAAUGGCGAUCUCCAAAGAAUCCAUGAUAAAUGGCUGUCGUCCAACACAUGCCCACAAGGCAACCAAGUUGAUGCAAACAGGCUCUCUCUCACAAGCUUCUGGGGCCUAUUCUUGAUUUGCGGCGUAGUGUGCUUCAUUUCUCUUACGAUAUUUUUCUGUAGGUUGUGCUUGCAGUAUCAGAAGUACAACCCUGAUGGCCAGGAACAGGAGAUCGAGGAGAAUGAACCUGCUAGGCGUAGGCGAUUACUGCGUGCACCUAGCUUCAAGGGCAUGAUUGAUUUUGUUGAUAAGAAAGAAGUCGAGAUCAAGGAGAUGAUUAAGAGAAAGAGUAGUGAUUCUAAGAGACAACCAAGCCAAAGCUCCGAUGGGCAGCCCUGUUCACCUUAGGGAAUUUUUUUGUUAGGUACAUCAUCGAUACAAAAUCUCAUCAUUACUGCUCGAACCCUGAGAAACACCAAAAGUUUAGGCAGCUAGGAUGAGAAUGUCAUAUAUGUAGAGAAAAUUGAGAAAAAUUUGGCAAGAUAUGUAUUUUUUUUUAAACCUUGUGUCAUACAAUUAUGUAUUUACUAGUUUAUAUUUUGCAGUAGGAAACUUGUGAAGAUGUUGAUAGUUUUCUUUAUGCUGUGUUUGAUUGAGGGAUUUGGAAAGAGAAAGAGAAAAGGUGUGUGAAACUAGAUGAAAUGUAGGUAUAUUUUAUUCACAUUUCACUUAACUUUUCAUUUUCUCUUUUCAAAUCCCUCCUCAAAUCCCCCAACCAAACACAACGUUAAGGUUUCUGUUUAGUGGAUUAGAAGAAUGUUGCUGAAAUAGGCCAUUUCUAUAUGAGUUGGUGUUGAAAAUAUGUUUGUCAA